AUGUUAGGUCACAACCCCAACACAAUCUAUCAGAUCACCAACUAUUACAAUGACAAAGUACAGGUGCGGAAGAACCACGUACAUAAAUCCGUCUAUAGGAUAGCCAAAGUUGUUCAAGAUGUGCUGAAAGAUGUGGAAAGUCAGGAGCCACGAUUUAUUUCGACUUUGGUCGAAAGCAAUGGACGCUACGAUGGGCUCAUCGUUCACUCUCCUCACGAAUAUGAAGCGAUCCUUUAUUUGAAUCAAAUGGGAGUGUUCAAUUUCGUCGACGAUGGAUCCAUCCAGGGAUGUGCUGUUCUUAAAUUAAGUGAUGGACGAAAACGUUCUAUGUCUCUAUGGGUAGAGUUCAUAACAGCUAGUGGCUACUUAUCGGCACGGAAAAUCCGCAGCCGAUUUCAGACCCUUGUAGGGCAAGUAGUCGAGAAGCCACCAUUUAGAGAAUACUGCAAGCUCUUAACCGAUACUAGCGACGUGCGCCUGAGAGUCGAUGACAAAUACGUGGUCCAAAUAACAUGUGCCUUCCGAUGCAAUGGAAUUUGGCCGCGAUCUGCGAGCCAUUGGCCAAACAACACCAUUCCGUGGCCUAAUCCCGCCGUCGCGAACGAAGGUUUCGACUUGACAAGCCGAGAAACGGGUACUGUUCCAGCACAGCAAAAUAAGCAAACGAGUUCAAUGGAAGGAGACGCUUGGGCAAUGAAUCUCGUCGGUGCUGAAAACGUCUUACUAUCGGGAAAUCGGAGAAAAGCUCUUAGCAUUCUAAAGUGUCUUCGUGAUACACAUCUCGACUUUCCGGGUACUCCAAUUACCAAUUACAUUCUCAAAACGUUGAUGCUUUACGAAUGUGAGAAGCAUUGCAAUGAUUUCGAGUGGGAGGACAACUGCAUUGGUGAUAGAGUUAUUGGUGUCCUUCUACAGCUGGUCAGUUGUUUGCAAUGUCGGCGCUGCGCACAUUACUUUCUCCCUCAACUUGAUCUGUUACGUGGGAAACCUCACCAUCUGCUGGACCAGAGCUCGAAAAUGGCAUGGAAUCUAGUACGUCAGCUAAUGCUCAACGCUCGCGCACUGGAAAGCUUAUAG